ACUCAUUUUGACUCUCAAAUCGAUCGACUACAGUCAGACCCGUCAUCUCUGGAACCUACAUUCUGCCAUUUCAGCAAGGAAAACUGCUAGUGCUUGUCAGACUGUACUCGACUCACUUUCUUUCAACAAAAGCAUGUUGUGUAGCCUAGCUUGACGAAAUUUCCUGUACUGUAGUUAACUUUCCCGUUAGUCACCAACUCAGCCUGCUUUUUGUAGUUUUGCAGGAGUGGACAACACGCAAUGGCGUAUGGUGGCAGGGCAUCUGUUGAGGAGUUAUCUGCUGCUAGUUACAAUAGUAGUGGCUACCCAGAGCUACACGCUGGAGCAGUAAGGCACUCAAGCCCUGCAAGGAAUCAAGGUGGUGAUGACUCUGAGUUUGUGCUCAAAUUUCGGAGGACCAGCGUACCCAGCGCACCCACCGAGGUCGCCCCUGUGAAGAGCAUUAGUGCUGAGUCGUUUGGUCUCUCUGAUACUGAAAGCAAUAUGCGACAAUGUACUAUUUGCUUUGGUGAUGAGGAUGAUGCGCCUGGUUUGGUCUGGAGUAGGCCGUGCCGAUGUCGUGGUACUUCUCAGUGGGUUCAUCGAGCAUGUAUCAUGCGCUGGAUUGAUGAGAAGCAAAAGAAGAAGGGGCCGGAUUCAGUUGUUCGGUGUGAGCAAUGUCAGUAUCCAUACACGAUCAUCAUGCCCCCGGCAUCGAUUGCAGAGAGGGUGUUGUCUGCUAGCGACAACGCAGUGCACCUGCUCAGCCCGUUCAGCGUCAUCGUCAUGGGCUGCACUGGCCUGUUUCAUCUGUCUUUCCGACUCGGCGUCAUCUACAGCCAGGUGGCGGCUGGACCAGAGGUAACUGAAGAGUGGCUGAACGGAGUGAACGCCUCCAUACCCACUCUCAUCAUGUCUCUGACGCCCAUGGCCCUCCUCGGAUUCAACAUGAUCAAAUGGGACGAGAUGGCGGCUCGCUUUGUCACCUGGUCGUGGCAGAGAGCCUGCAAGCUUGCCAGGCGCAUCACUGCACCCAAAAAUUCCAGCCUUAGUCCAUUUACGGACCCUGACGAGGAUACGAAUCGCGCUGAAAUCGCUGUAGAUCCACCAACACCAGACUCUGAAUACAGCUUCUGGCUGGCGUCCUCCCUGUCGCUGCCCUUCGCCUCCGCGUUGUGCGGCUAUGCCUUGUUCCGCAAUCGCCCCUGGAUGCAGAUCAGCAAGACACUAGCUGGUGGAUUGGCUUAUCUGAUGCUGACUGGCUCGUUCAAAGUGUACUGCAACCUGCGCACCGAGCAGCGUCGCAAGAAGAGGACCAUUGAAGAUUGCCUUCUGUAACUUUGAAGUGCUGCUACGUCGCCAGCGGCUUGCUCCUACUACUACUCAUGCAUCGUUGUUUUACAGCAACAUCAUAUCACUUGACCACACCAGCACCCCCAGACUUGUAAGCUAGCUUUGUGUCUUGCCUCUCACGACAAUACAAUAGAUCCAAUUCCUUUCAAACAGCCAAGCAGCCAGGUAAUCCUGGUGGCGGCGGGAUGGCUGGUACACUGCAUGCUCCUCAUUACAUGUUCAGUCAUUACAUGUUGUUCUCAUGAAACACACGGGCGCUUUGAGUGUAAGUUUUGCAUUUUAAAGGCUCUUAGUGGCUAUUUCACCCAAUAAUAGUGUAUAGCACUGCAAGGAAUACAUGGUAGUAUCCUGCUGUUGCACCAUGGAAGGAAUAAUGGCACCGCUACCGAGUUCUUCUCUCUUUUGUUUUUGUUUUCUUCCGUAUUGCCAUUGUGAUAUCCACGUGUAUAUAUGUGUUCUUCCUCCAUGUGCUGGUGUGCAUGUGUGGCAUUUUCUCUUAGUCUCGUCUUGCCUUACUGGUUACAGGCAGCAAGACCACCUAAUUACUGCUGCUACUGCUGCACUGUUCCAUCUUCGCUAAUUGUAUUUACUUCUUUGAAGUAGGAUCUUGUGAUGUGUCAGCUAUGA